AUGACACACCACACCACUCCCAAGCAGGACCAGGACCUGCCAGGAACCAGUGGAAAUGCAAGAAAAACGCCGAGCUCCCAUAGGCCCUCUAUCGGUAGAGCAAUGCCCAAAUCUACCACGAUGGUCAUCCGCGCAGCUCGUCCCAAGAAGGAGACGCUGCAGGAGGCCCCUCCUUCGGAACGCGAAAGUGGGACCCUGGCAGAUGCGUGGAGGGACCGGCUGCGUCUGCUCUGGCUCUACUCUGCUCCAGAUUAG